AUUGUAUAGUUCCUGCUGACUGUGUGCGUGUUCUGCUCACGAUCUACUGUUGUCAUUCCUCCAUAAGAAUAGCGUGACGUUCUGUGUGCCCUAGCUGUGUGUGAAUAUUAUAAUCCCAUCAUGGCGGGAAGUGCAAUACUCGGUGUCGGGUUGAUAUACCUUCUCAUAGCCGCCAUGGAAGUUAACUGUGCGAAUAUUCUAUUUUCAGGACUGUUCGGUGAAGGGAGCCAUUUCCUAUCUCAGAUUCCUAUUGCCAAGAGUUUAACGCAAAAAGGUCAUAAUAUCACACUGCUUAUCAGUGAAGAGUUCUCUCACAGGGCGAAAAACCCAGCGUAUUCAGGCUUCAAUUUUGAGACAUUUAUUAUAUCUGAUCAUCCGGGUUUGAUCCGGAGAACUACUGAAAAUUCUGCGCGAGUUGCGUUCGGUAAAACUACAAGCGUGAUCCAAAAUAUGGAACUGCUACCAGCUAGUUUGUUUAUGACUAAAGAAGCAUGCCGAGCGGUCCUUUCCGAUACUCCAUUGAUGGAUCGAUUGAAAGAUAUCGAUAUGAUUGUGUUUGAUUUAACAUGGCCGUGUGGAAUCUAUAUGAAAUCGUAUUUACUGCGGCAUAUGAACGCAUCAAGUAUUCGAGUGGCGGUGACGUCACCUAUGUCACCACUUCAAUAUCUGCAUGAGAUAGCUGGUUCCCCGUUCAACCCUUCAUAUCAACCCACAUUCGCAACAGGGUAUUCGUCAUCAAUGUCGUUUACCCAAAGAUUAGGAAACGUCAUCAACUGGGCAAUUAUUCACCAUUUGGGGAAGAAUCGCGUCUUUGAUUGUUUUAGCGACUUGCAAAAGGAAUUCGAUUUGGAUUCUGAUUUAGGAAUGUCAAGUUCUUUUUACUACCAGAAAAUCGAUCUUUACCUCAUGAACAUAGACUUUGCGGUGGAGUUUCCUUUCCCGCUGAUGCCGAAUGUAAUUGCCGUUGGCGGGCUUACGUCGGGACCAGCGAACCAUUUAAGUGAAGAUCUAGAAGACUUCAUGAACAGUUCUGGAGAGGAUGGCGUCAUCAUUUUCUCCCUCGGAACUUCUGUGUCUACUUUUGCUUCAUUACGAUCUGACUUGAUGGAAAUGUUUUUUGACGCAUUCAGUCGACUCCCCCAGAAGGUCAUUAUGCAAUUGAAAGACUCCCAACGAUUUAAAAUUCCCUCCAAUGUUAAAGCGUUACCAUGGAUACCACAGAACGAUCUCUUGGGUCAUUCUAAGACCAGGGUCUUCAUGUUUCAAGGUGGUAAUAAUGGUUUCCAGGAAGCACUGUAUCACGGCGUCCCUUUAGUUGUAAUACCUUUUCAAACUGAUCAACCUGAUGUAGCUGCAAGGAUUGUAUCGCGAGGACUUGGGGUAAAACUCGACAAAAAGCUCCUCAGUACUGAUCUCAUUCAGCAAAAACUUUCCGAAGUUAUCAAUAAUUCAUCUUACAGCAUCACCGCCAAACGCCUAUCUGCCAUUUUUAGGGAUCGACCGUUGAGACCAGCAGAUCGAGCCGCGUUCUGGAUUGAACAUGUCCUCAAACACGGCGGAAAAUACAUGCAAUCACCUUCUCUUGAACUCUCCUUCAUUCAAUUUUACCUUAUAGAUGUUGCACUUUUCGUUACUGGAAUAAUUUUGGUCAUACUUUAUUUAAUCUAUAGGACAUGCAAACUUUGCAAGAGAUGUUGCAGUCGAUCCAAACCUGUCAAAAGCAAGACAGAUUGAAUAAUAAUGACAUUCUUUGUUUUAAAUUGACUGUAAUAAACUACUGAUAUUGAUAACUUUCUAAAACUGAUCUCUCAUCGUCAAUUUUUUUUUGGGGGGUGGGGCGGAGGGUUAUAUGCAGUCACUAUAAUUUAAUGUAUUCGUGCACAACAUUAAUAUUUGAUAAGCUCAUUCUUAUUGACGGAAUCGGAAUGAUAUGUAAUGCAUUGUGGCUUUUAUUGUUUAGAAUAACAUUUCUAAGCGAUAUUGUUAUUUUCCGUCUAAACAGGAUUAAUCUGAUUAUCCCGGAAGAACAACUUUAGAAUGAUAGCAGACACAAUUUGAGAAUAAAUUAUGAUAUCUUCAAUUUCAAGUUUGUCUGUAUUUCGCUGAAAUUGAUUAAUUAAAUUUAUAUGACAUCAUGAAAAUUGGAUGAUAAAAAACUCAGAUAAUGAA